UGCCGAGUUGCCGCUGCCGGCAGUUGCGCGCCGCACUGACACUAGGAAAUCGCUUUCAGUUUAGUCGAUAAUGCCCCACUCACGAGAUAUGCCGGUUAUGUAACACAGACUGAGCGCACCCGACAUCAUGUGCUUUUCGAUACCAUCUCUAUCGCUAGUCGGCAUGCUUGACGUGUGAUCUGUUGUGUGGCCAAGCUUGAGGUCGGUUCUGGGUUGGACACUGGAGAGUAUCAAAACGUGCGGUCGGUGGUAGAUUAGGUCAACCCUUAAAAACUAAUUUUGAUAUUUCGCCGUUUUAGAGCUUUUUAUUGAACGUUAUAAGUUUCAUUCACGGUUGCUUGGAAAGACUAAAGCUUUGACGGUGCAUGAUAAAAUUCCGGGCGGGAAGGUAGAAGGCUUUAUAAAGAGGUCGGGAAAGAAAAAUGGGAAAGAAGACAAGGAAGACCAGAUGGAGGACCUUGUCUAUUGCUGAUGAACAAAGUGACAGUGAAGACUCAAACCCUGUGACCACCAACCAAAGAUCCAUCAAACAGUACCAACAGACUUCGCUCAACAGGUUUCCAUACUCCAGUCAGUCCACCCCUCGUCGAAGAUACCAAUAUGAUGGUACUAAGUCCACUAGAAGCAGCAGUACGGCUAGUGAGAACAAAAUAUCAUUCAACGAAGAUGAAUACACAAGAAUCACCACCCCAAGGCAAGAUGUACUAUUCAAGAAGGGAUAUUUGAACAAACCAAAGAACUACCAGACGCAGACAUCUACGGGUACUUCAACUACAUCGACAGGGAACUCGACAGGGAACGGUACUCCCGAUUACCAAUCUACAGACUUGGAAUACGAAUCACAGUUUGUCUUCCCAAAUGGUUUCCUAGACCAGAACGGUAUUUACUACGUAAAUAGCUACGAAGGUUACCCCUUAAUGUUGUUUAACCCCCCUACGUAUUACCACGAAUUCUCGAAUUACAAGUCGAAGCGAUAUAGCACUGGAUCACUGACGGAAUCGAUGAGCCCGAAUAACGAAGAAGCAACUAGUCAAGACUUGAGUGGUGGUGAGACGAACAACGUUUCUGACUAUAGCAGCGGCCAUCAUCAGAGUUGUCCCAUGGCCUACCAAAAUGGGAAUGGAGUUAAUCACACGAAUGAUGUGAUGAACGGCCAAGGUCCUCUCAGAAUAAAGAAACGAAGGCGACGAAAAGUUUCGAAGACAUGCACGGCACACAAUAGCACAGAAUGUAGUGAGGACGAGACAGACUCAUGCUCAGAGGAAGUUCUUACUCAGGUCGAAACACCCCUACAAGAGAAUACCUGUGACACAUCUGAAGAAAAGACUGCCAAAACUAUCGAACCUCAAAUCGUCCAUCACCAGAAUGGUGCUGAAGAAUCAACACCGCAACAGACUGAAUCAGCAGAAGAAAGCAACCCUCCAAAAUUCCACCUGAAACCGGAUGCGGAAGAGUUUGUUCCAAGAGCAUAUCGACCGACAGAGAUCCCAGUGCAGUUCAUCAAAGUACCUGCAAACUUUGUCCCCAUACCUCUAGUACCCUUCAAUGGCCACUCCGCAUUUAUUCCGCAAGGAAUCCCAAUAAGCUUCCCCCCACCCCCUCCGAACUUCGUGGGGUUCGUCCCUCAAGUUCCUCCAAAGCAGGAGGAGACACCAGAUGAGACGGAUAAACCCACUACGAACGAUCUGCUGACACAAGUCGACGACUGUGAUAAAACGAACACUGCCAAUGACGAAAAUGUAGAGUCAUCUAGCAAUAAAACUAUAGACAUAGCAACUGUCGUAUCCAAACUUGAAGAAGCUGUUAAAGAACAGGAGCAGGAAGAACAAAAGUCGAACACAAAUGGUAGCGACGUUGCAGGCAGUCCAAAACGAAAGACCUUUAGACAAAACCAAAGAUACAAGAGCAACACGACGUAUAGAAGAAACUACUGUAACAGCAUGCAAAACUCUCCACAUAGGCAUAUACAUCAACAAAAUGGUCACCUAGAAGAAACAAGUUCGAAUUUUUCACAGAAACCAGUAGACGCAGUUUCAACAAUACCUCCCGCGCAAACAACAGAAAAUUCUUCAAAUGUGACACCUAACCAAAGCGAAGUGGCGAGAAGAAAUUCGAUACCUCAACAGGAACAAACGUCAGUUAUUCAACAAAAUGGAGAAGCAAGUAACAAUAGACAGCUGCAAACACGAUUAAACCAUCGUAAUUCUCCACAGAGGCAAAGUAACCUCCAUGAAGGUGAGUCAUGCCCAAGACAUCCACAAAGGCAAUCCCCUCUUCGAAAUGGAGAUGCAAACGCAGCUACAGAAUCUCAUCAAAGCCAUCAACGAAAAACAUAUCAAAAGAAUGGAUAUGCAAACACACAAGGACAACCACAUAGAGAAGUUCGCUCAACUUCUUUACAAAAGCAGCAAUUCCUCCAAAAUGGAUAUUAUUCUCCUCAAAGGCAGCAAUACCACCGAAAUGACGAAACAAUUCAGAUACCUCAGCACUCACACCUCAGACAAGCUGACCAUGUGCAGAAGAAUAAAGAAACUGUACCACAGAAACAAGAGGUAUACAGAAAUCCUGAAGUUGAGGCGGUUAGCGAUUCUAGACCAAAUGAAACAAUCAAUGGUAUUAGAAAUAGCCCAGAAAAGUUUAAAAAGUCUUGGAGGCCUUAUCAAAACGGUGUAACUACAAAAUGGCAGUCAAAUAAGAAUUCUAAACAAGAAUACUCAAAAGGAAGCGGUAAAAACUAUUCAGAAACGGUUAAACAAAUCAGUCACAAACCGAAUGAAGAUAAGCCACAACAGAAAAGUGCUGCAUCGGUAACGAAUUCUCCUUCCAAAACCAGCACGGGUCCUAAUACUCCAACACACCAAACCAACCAGUGGAUACCAGUAUCAGGUAGAAAGAAACGAAAGAUCAAGGCAGUGGAAGAAUUUGAGGACCAAUCUAUUGAGGUAGAAGUUGAAGAAUCACAAAAUGACUUGUUUGAAAGUUACGACAUCACUCAACUAGUGGACGUCAUUCCUCCAUCGAAAGAAGAAGUCAUAAGCGUUGAAGUCUCUAAUGAAAAAGUUGAGGAAAUUAUUAAUGCGCUAGCACAGAAUCAGCCUACUGUUCUUGAAACUCCAGACUUAACGGAGGUUAAAUCUGUGACUGAGAUUGAAACUGAGAUUAUUACUUACCUGGAGACACCGGAUGAAGUGAGUGUCGAAACUAGUGUUGAAGAAGCUAUUGUAGCAAUAGAUGAGAUAGAAAAAGAAAGUGUGGCGUCAAGACAAAAGCAGAAGAAGAAGGGCACCCAGAAGCCUUUAACAAAGAGGGUUAUCAUCACGGAUGUUGACAUGUCUGACAAGUUUGAAGAGAUUAAAACGCCUGUAAAGAAAAUUGUGAAGAAAAUCGAGAAACCUGUGAAAAAAAUUGACAUUCCCGAUAUAAAACCUGACAUAGAACCAGAACCAGAGAAAGAGAAAGAAGUUGUAACUGAGGCGACGGUUGAAGAUGAAGACAAGAAGAAGGCCAAGAAGAAGAAAAAGAAGUACUCACAAGGAAGCAAAACCACAACUACUACACAGGCUGAGUCAUACGAUUUUCUAUUGGAUUCAGCUCUGGUAGUUGUUUCCGAAGAUAAAACCAACGACGAAAUCUCCCAGGAAUUGGACCGAAUCAUCCAGAAAGGCAUGUACAGCAGUCUAGAGGAAAAGGUCAAGUCUCUCAACAUCGCAGACGACUGUGAGGACUUCUUCAAGUCCGUUUUCAGCACGAUCACAUCCGAGAAGAAUGGUGGCUCCGACAUCCUCCAAAAGCCAGCUAAGACUUCAACGGUCGGCCCGACAGGCUCGGUAAGUCCAGGCAUGCUCUUAGACGAUAAACAAACUAAUACCAUGUCUGAUUUAGACUCAGCGGUUCAGGAUGGAUUUUAUGUAACGGACGAAGGCGAUGCAAAGACCUUGUAUCCCAUCACAGAGGCUGUCAAAGAAUGGAUGUGCCGCACCAGAGAGACUACUCCAGACGUGGAGAUCCUUAAGAGUCCAGGCACCAUCCGCAGGGAGUUUUCAGUGGACGAAGACAGCGACACCAUUACCAAGAGCCUUUCCGAAGAGCUGGAGGAGGACGAGAUCACCAUUUACUCUGCCGACAAGUCGAGUGAGGAUCUCCUGGAUUAUUGGGAUGAUGAACUCAAGGAGGAUAGUGCUGGUGAAGGUGGUGAAGCGAAUAGUGGCGAUGGGGGAGAUGUAGAUGUGUACGAAAGCAAAUACGGACAAAAUGAGGAUUUCAGAAAUAUACAGAUGGAGGUGAGAGAAAGAACUCUUAGGGAGAGCGUGAGGAGAAAUGGGGAUCUGCCUCAUAGAGCAGUGUGCUGCAGUGUCAUGUAAAAAGUUGUGAUAGUUGGGCAUCUCCAGAAAAUAUGAUACUUCGAAUCGAUAGAGUCUUCGAGCAAUUUGUAUUCGAAUAUAAAUAUAAAUGUCUCAUUUGGUGAGAUGCGUUAUGAACAAUCUCAGUUUGAGCUUUUUUUUAAACGACAGACUGCCCUCUUCAGUAAGUGCCCGACUGAGUCAAUAUUUUGACAGUUCAUGGAUAAUUCCAAAGUAUACAUUGAAACUCCAAUGUUGAUCUGUUAAAUAAUAUAUGGUGCUUAAUCAAUAUAUCGAACAGAAGGUUCUAUGUAUUUUUUUCAAAGUGGUGCAUCUGUUUUCAUGUCAACAUUGGCAACAUAAAUGGUAAAACAUGCUUCGUAUCUGUAAAAGAUCAUCUAGAAUACCUAAGCUGCUUCUUCAAAACAUCCCAAUGAACUGUAUAUCAGGAGUAUACGCUAAUUUCAUUUUAUAAAUAAUUUAUGGGUAACAAAUUACUGUUUCAAUAUGGGAUACAUAAUACGUAAUAUUGGCCACCUUACGAAGAGAAGGCUCACUCGACAUUUGAUGUUAAAUAUGAAUAUUUUUUGUGACACUAACAUUGUAUCUUGCAAAACUGGAAUAUAUAAUCGCAUAUUUGCAGUUAGAAAUACUCAUCAUCUUACAAGGUUCAUUUCUAAUCAACUAAAGCCACUCAGUAAGCUUUUACAUUUUUCUAAGAUGUAUUUAACAUAUCGGUACGAUUGAGUGGAAAAUGUUUUAGAAUAUCAUUACGGCACGACCCUGUUUAUGAAUUGAAUAUAUAACAGAAUUCUCAUUUUCAAAACUACAGUUGUUACACUGACUGCAAGAUACAAUGAUUCAGUGACAUAUUAUCCAGAAUUGUACCGCAAAUAUAUGAAAUGCUCGAUAUACCAUUUCAUUAGAUAAUUACCUUGUUAAUAUCAUUGUAGAUGAUCAUAACCGUAAUCGCUAUAAUUCCUAGAUGGUAGAUGCCAAUUUAUUCACUUAACACACCUAGGAAUUUAGCGUGCAAAGACUGAUGUAUGUACACUAUUCGAGCACAAUACACUAAUAUACGUGUGACAAGAUGACAAUGUACCCCAGUAAUCUUAUGGAAAGCAGAUGAAAUUACGUAUUUUUAAAAACAAAAUUGUAUGAUCAAAUGUACCAUAUUCAGUUGUAUAGUAUCUGCAUGAAUCAGUCAUGAAUUCAUAUGAUAUUACUAUAUUUACAAUGUUUCAAUUAUUUUUCUCAAUUGUGUCGUAAUUUAUAUAACAUCUGUCAUUCAAGAGUGACGCGAAAUAUUUCUAAAUAGAGACACAUCCUGAGCUGAUAGCCUUGCCAUAUCUAAGUAGAUAGACAAUUUAUAAGCAUCAAAAUAUAUGUUACAAUAUAAAACAAUCUGAUAAACACACUCCCUUCUCUAGAAGAUUAUGCAACGGUUACGAACUGGGGGGUCAGGUAUAAAGAAUUAUUUUGGCAUGUGAUAAGACCGUGUAGUCUCACUCAUCUCUAUAAUUUUCAAUGGUUCGAACUAAUAUACAUUAUGUUUGCACCGUAAGAUUACUAUGGUAUUUAUUUUAGAAGAACCAUCCUCACUUUAGCAAAACGACGCAUCUAAUAUCUACAUUACCUCAUAAUUUAUUUGUUAUAUACAUGAAAUUUAUGAUACAAAAACACAAUGUUGAAUUAUAUAGAUUUUAACACGGAUGUUGCUUGCACCGAAAAUUUAUAUAUUAUGACGUUCGAAACAUUUAUUUGUGUCGUAUGUGAUAUUGGAAGUUACCGUACCUGCCUUCGAAUCAUAAGGUUAAGAGGUCAGGUUAUAUAACAAAAUAAAUGUAGUGUAGCUAUCUUAAUUGUUUGAGGGGUCACAGUACAAUCGCGAACAUUUAUAUACGAGUACUAAUCUAAAAGGAAACCAAUACUGUUUUUUCUUUUGGAAAAUUAAACAUUUAAGCAUGGAUCGGAAUACACUUGGCUCACAAGUGAGACUUGGUAACAGGCUAUAAUACAGGGUGGUCAAAAUUAUGUGGAAAUGUCUGUGGGGUAAAAAGUACGUUUAAAAAGCCAGAAACUUCCUUUAAACAUGGGUUCUAAGUAAUACCCUAUAACCAAGAUACACAUACAACAUCCAAAUUCGAGUAAUAUGAAUAGCGAAAACAUUUUAAAUAAAAUGUUCCUGAUUGAAAGAAAGUAAAAUACUUCUUCGUUAGCAAUGUAACACUUUCAGAAAGAUCUAUAUCUUGGCAUGAAAAUGUUCUAGAGCCUAAUUCGUUUAUAGGUACUUUCCGUAGUAUUUUGAGGAAAUUGAUGCUUUCCACGUCUUUUUGAAGCAGCCUGUUAUGAAAGUACUAUGCAAUACAAGUCAAAUAGGUAAACGGAAUAUCGCAAAAUUUAAAAAGAAUCGUAAAUCUUGUAAUUCGACAAAAUAAUAAAUUGGCGUCUGUUUUGUUGAUUUAUUAUGCUUAUAAAAGCUAUUUAGUUUCGUUUCAAAUUACAACAAUUGCUUUACAACAAUAUCUAGUAAAUUUCUGUAGACUGUGACAAUAAGUUGCUUGUUACUAACGAUAGAGUACCGCAUACUGACCCCACAACACGGAUGUAAAGGCGAGGUUAAGCCAUCAACAACAGGGCACUGACGUGUCCAUCUAGUGACAAAAGUUUGUUUUUACUCCGUUAGUUCUGCAAGGUGUUCCUUGCUCCCAAAAGUUGCCAGUGCUUAAUACCAUGUGUACUUAUUCAACUCAGCAGAUGUAGAACAUCUCUAUGACUAGAGAAACCCUAUAUUUAGUCUAAACCCAUGUUACUGCAUAUGAAAUUGAUUAUUUUUAUGCAUCUACAAACUGUUGAUCAUAAUCUAGGUGCUGCUUAAGCCGCUUCAUGAUAACUGAAAAAUUUGACAGCACUACGAUGCUUCUAUAUGGUGCUCAAACGUUGUUAUAUUGUUGACUGUCAGGAUUAUAUUGUGGCCUAUAUAUAGAGAAGACAAGCCACGGUGUAUAAGUGUAGAGUGUAAAAUCACUACUAAUCAAAUUGAAAGAACGCUUUUGUCGAGAUUUAGCGCAAUUUCUAAGCAUUUUGUUGGAGUAUCUAAAAUACAAAACCAACUAAUUUUUCCAUUUAUUUUAUUUUGAAAUAGGAAAGAACCUCAAAAUGUUGACCAGAUCACAGUCUCAAAAAUUUUAACAAUCCAGAUAAUUAUGUUUUUGCUGUUUUAUAAUAAUACAAAUCCCAGUAUAGUUGUGGAAUUGCUGAAAGACGUUCUUUCAAUUUCGGUUGCUAGUUUAUCAUUUUGCGCUAAGCAUACAAUAUGCACAAUUUUUAGGUCUAAUUUGACUUAGUUGUUUUUUAUUUGUUAAUUGUUAUUGUUAAAUUAGUGUUUAGGUGUUUUAAUUAGGGUGGAACUUCACGUUAUUACACAGUGAAGCCGCUGCUACAAGUAGAUUAAUCCAAUCUACAAUGUCAUAUGAAAAUUUAUGAUAGUUGCCAUUGCUCACCUCGAAUUUUUUUGAUUUUGUCAUGAAAAAAUCUUAAUUGUAAAUUAGCAUAUAGUCCAUGUUCUGAAUGGUUGAGAGUUAAGGGAUUCAACUUUUUGAGCCCCAGAUAUCAAAAAUUGGCUAGGUGUAUGCCAAAUUAAAUUUUAGCUAUAACUCACGUGACAAUACAUCACUCGAUGGUAGACUAAUUUUAGAAAUUCCCCUCAACUAAUAAUUGAACAAAAAAGACAAAUCCAGUGUGUACGUAUUUUUUAGGCAUACCUACUAUUCCUUAAUAAGUUUUGUUUGUUAACUUUAUGAUUUUUUGUGAUUCUUUACAAACAUAUUUUGUUGUUAAUGAUUGAUUUUUGGAAUUUGUGCCUUCGCGAUAUUUGUAAAAUAAAGAUCAAAAAAAUAUGUUGUCUUAUUUUGAACAUCUCACAGCAAUGGAAGACAAAAACCUAGCAUUUGGGGUAAUAAAAGUGAAUACUACGUCUUGGCAUAAAAGCGUGACAAUUUUGAAGCUCAUUGUGAGUACUUCAUAAAAACAUAAUAUAAACUCACUAUUGUUCAAAAUAGCGAUCUUUCAGACUGUCAAAUUUGAGCAUUUUCAUAUAACUCAAACUUCAAUAAUCAAAACUCUACAGGGUAUUUCAAAUUUGAUCCUCACUUUUGAGAUCUCGAAACUUGUAUGCGGGCAGAGUUGCGUAUUUAGGUAAUCAACAAAAUGCCGCUUAGAAAGUUUCGAAAUUCAAAGUACUUCCGGAGAGAGAGACGGAAAGUGGGAUCUCAAAGCAAAUGGCACAUUAACAUUGCCCCUUUUUCUCCUCUACAAGAUGACAUAAUUAGAGUUUCAUUAUGAUGUUUCGUCUGUUGGCUUCCAGCAUAAUCUUCAUUUUUCCUUAUGGACGUCGCGCUGGAUUUCUGUGCAGAUAAUUACAGUUUUUAAUUCUGAUUUAAAAAUAUAUAUGUCAUACAUUGGCAUUGCCAAACGUCAAUUAUUCCAGAAAAAUAGAAUUUUCUAGGUAGGCCUUAAAACUAUCAUAGUUAUUUGUUGCGUAUACCAGACCAGACUUCAAAUUAAACAUAGCAGCAGAGUUUAGAAGACUGAGAAGAAGAGAAAUAAAUCGAGGAGUGUACAAUGCACAGAGAAGGGUCAGGCUUUGCCUAAGAAUAACGAACAACAUCUGCUAUGAUUUACCUCUGCUUAUUCAUGA